AUGGCGAAGCUUCGCGGCUUCAUGAUCUUUCUUUUGAUAUCAACCAUCGCCGACGCAAAUCUCGCCACGUUCUGUCACUCUGCUGUCGAGCCAUCGUUGACCUCAUUCUCGGACGACGGGUACUUGCAGACUCUGGCAACGACUCGAGCUCCCCAGGAGCCUGAGAGCGCCCCGGCCGGGAAAAUCCUGCCAGAAGAGCAGGCUAGCCAGAAGCAGGAUGAUAUAGCCCUUCACCAGAUACCACCCGCCGAAGCGACAAUUCAAGUCACCACCGUCACUGUUGUCCGAACGGUGACUGUCGAGCUUGCUAGCCGAACCGAAGUGAUCUGGGCGCCUCUUCAGCAGACCUUGACUUUCAUCAAUCCCACCCUGGUCUUCGAGACGAAUAUCGUUACCGCGUCGCAACCUCGAAAUAUUGCAGUGAGAGACGCGGCAGACGCCAUCGCAUCGGAUCAAACGGCGAUUUCCGAAAUAUCCUCGACCGACACGCACUACCUUGAAGGUACUGGCUUCUCAUCGCACUCGGCUCCUGUUCGGAGGCAGACCCCAGCUUCAAUCAAUAGGGUUUCCGUAGUCACCAUCGAGAUCACGACCACAAUAGUGGCGAGCGGCACCAUCGUCCGCACUGUCACCAUCUUCGAACCUAUAUUCGUUUCUGUGACGAAGACGCCUACUCUGACGUCGACGAUCUUUACAACCACGACCCUUCCCAUUAAGGAUGGAGGUUCCAACUCACCUGCGAUCGCACCAUCUCCACCGGCUAGCCACAAGGUCAUUUCCAGCGAUGGCGCUCAGCAGACUCCAUCGUUUGUAGGCCUCAAAUCUUCUUCUGUCACGGCAACGACGCCAAAAGCCCUUGAACCCACAGAGCUUUCGGUCGUCUCCAACACCAUAGGCGCAGCCGAGAGCAGUCGCAUCCGCUCAGAAUCCGAUACUCCUCGCAGUACCUUCACAUCAUCCUCAGUACUUCCAAGUCCAUCGCCUGUGACCAAUGACGGUAACUCAGCAAGGGUUGGGCCCGCAGCGAGCAGUAGUCCCUCUAUGAGAUCAACUUCGACGACGGCUGUUCCACCCUUUACGGAAACUCUUCUUCCUCCAACUGAGCGCACUGCCAGGCCAUCGUUGAGUCCUGGAGUAAUCGCAGGCGUCGCUGUAGGCGCAACCUUUGCUCUCACAGCUCUGAUCCUGCUAUUCCUCUGCAUACGUCGACAAAGGUCCAAACGCAGGCGACAUCUUCAGUUGAACGAAGACGACCGUUACAUGACAUCUGCCAUAGCUGCUACCGCUAUGAUGAAUCGGCCGACAUCUAACGCUCCAGCCUACGAUCGACCUUGUCAUAUGCCGCGAACCGAAGGCAGCAGUGGCAAAAGUUCCGAAGAAGAGCAGGUGCGAAUUGUCAUUCAGCCCGUCCCCAAGAAAAGAAGCAUGAGCAGCGUGCUCUCGGCCAUACCAAAGGUUUGGCCUCGACCACCGGGAUAUACCGGCAAGGCAUACAGCUUUUCUGCAGGCGGGAGCGGCGAAACGACUCCAAGGGAGCCGGUAGGAUGGAGCGUUGAGAGCGAGUAUGGAAGCUCGGGCAAUCUGGAUGCAUCGCGAAGUGGAGGUUAUCAGGAAGCCAUUGCCUCGAAAGGGCCGGCAGCAACCCACUCCAGAGCAAAUGACAGAUGCGAGACGGCCUAUUCCGAGGCCCUGCCCACCGAUUCGUAUGUCGCACUGCAGAAUACAGUUGGGAUGUUGCAUUGGCACAUCACUGGUGCGGGGUUCUUAAAUAAGCAAGGUGAGCAGAUGUUCAUUCAGUCAUUGUUGGAUUGCACCAAAGAAUUGGCUUCAACGUACUUAAAAACUUUCGACUCAAUCGCUGAGCAGUAUGACUUUAUCGUGGUUGGGGGCGGAACGAGCGGCCUGGUCGUCGCCAACAGACUGAGCGAAGAUCCCGAAAAAACGGUAUUAGUCGUCGAAUAUGGAGACUUUGCCAACACAAUCAACGUCACCGUGCCCUACUUUGCAACAUACGACCAGUCGGCACGCCUCUACAACGUGACGUCCGUCCCUCAAACCCAUCUUGGUAAUCGUACAUCCCGCCUGCGUAUCGGUGCUGUGGUUGGCGGAGGCUCCACCGUCAACGGAAUGGCUUGGGACCGUGGCUCUGAAGCCGACUAUGAUGCGUGGGAGGCCCUUGGGAACCCAGGUUGGGGCUGGGCGACCCUUCUCAAAUAUUUCAAAAAGUCGUCUACGUUCGCGCCGCCUAUGGGUGAGUAUGUUGAGAAGUACGGGUACGAAUGGACUGAGGACGCAUAUGGCGAUGGACCUAUUGAGGUCGGGUUUCCUUCAUGGCAGUGGCCGGAGUCUGCUCUCAUGGCGCAAGCAUGGGCUCAGGACAUCAAAGUGCCCACGUUGAAAGACGGUGCCGACGGUGAUAACGUCGGCAUUGCAUGGCUCCCGCAGAACUCUGGCGGUCCUAACGCAACUCGAUCUACCGCCGAAACCGCGUACUUCAACCCUGUCAGCGCCCGCGAGAACUUGCAUUUACUUAUACGUCACUACGGUGCAGCGAUAAAGUUUGAGGGGAACACAACGACCGGUGUAGUGAUUGGCAGUCGUGAUGGAUCUGAGACCAAGUUCGUGGAAUCUGGUAAUGUCGUGCUUGCGGCUGGUGCAGUUCACACCCCUCAACUACUCCAGUUGAGCGGUAUUGGUCCAGAGAAGCUUCUGAAGUCUCUGGAUAUAGACGUGGUGGUCGACUUACCGGGUGUUGGUGCGAACUUCCAAGACCAUCCCUCCAUCUUCAUGGUUUACGACUUUGCGAACGACACAUCUAUUAACCCCACCCUCAUGAACAACGAAACCUUCUACAACGAGUCCUGGGCAGAGUACGAAGCCAACAGAACCGGGCCACACACACACGCCUGGGGAAACCGCGUCGUCUUCACAUCCCUUCAAGACCUCGAUCCAGACAACUACGAAACCAUCGCAGACGCCGUCACAGCCCAAGACCCGCUGCAAUAUCUUCCCGAAGUCUACGCCGAGAACCCGGCACUCCUCGAAGGCUUCAGCCGCCAGCGUGAGAUUCUGAGCCAGAGAUUCCGCAAUCCAAAGGCAGGCGUCAUGGAAUUUACCUGGGGCGGCGCGGAAACCGUUCCCGUAGCCCUCCAAAAACCCCUCUCGCGCGGCACAAUAACCAUCAACAGCACGAACCCGGACCCCGGAUCCUCCAGCCCAGGCGCCGGCGGCGCACAAGUCGACUUCAACACCCUCUCGAACCCAACCGACACCCUCCUCCUCCUCCGCGCCGUCGCCAAAGCCCGCGCCUUCAUGGCGAGUCCCAGCGUCGAGACGCUCGCUGCGGUGGAGAUCCUCCCGGGCCCGGGCGUCACCAGCGACGCUGAGAUUGAGACCCUCAUGCGGGAGUCGUGGCUGUCUUCGAGCCUCGAUCACCCGGUCGGCACGGCGGCGAUGAUGCCACGAGAGCUGGGGGGCGUUGUAGAUAGUGGGUUGAGGGUGUAUGGCGUCGAGGGGUUGUGGGUUGUGGAUGCGAGUGUUAUGCCGAUGUUGCCUGCGGCGCAUACGCAGGCCACUGUGUAUGCUGUUGCGGAGUAUGCGGCUGAUCUUAUCAAGGGUGUUGGGAAGUGA